AAUUUUUUUAGCAUAUUUUUUUAAAGACGGGGUUUUACUAUUUGCCCAGGUUGGACUCAAAUUCCUAGCCUUAAGUGAUCCUCCCUCCUAGGCCUCCCAGAGUGCUGGGAUUACAGGAGUGAACUACCACUGGAGUUUUAGUUUAAAGGAAACAUAGAAAAUAAUAAGAAACUGGCUCGGUUCCCAUAGCACAGUCGUUUCAGCGCCAGCCACAUGUCCUGAGGCUGGUGGGUUUGAACCCGGCCCCAGCCAGCUGAACAACAAUGACAACUGCAAUAAAAAAUAGCCGGGCAGGCGCCUGUAGUUCCAGCUACUUGGGAGACUGAGGCAAGAGAUUUUUUUUUUUUUUAAUUGCUUAAGCACAAGAGUUGGAGGUUGCUGUGACCUGUGACAGCACAGCACUCUACUGAGGGAGACAUAGUGAGACUCUGUCUCAAAAAAAAAAAAAAAAAAGAAAAAAAAUAAGAAACUAUCUGAUAGCAAAAUAUGCUUUGAUGGGAUAAAGUGUGGGGGUAAGGAAAAAAAUCUCUCUUUCUUCCUAGAUUAAAGUAGUAUUUCAGCCAAGGCCUGAAUGACAAGAAGCAGCAGCUUUCUGGAAAAGAGCUUUUCAAACAAUGAGAACAACUAGUGCAAAACUCCUUAGCAUAUUAAAGAACAGAAUGAUAUAAGGUGAAGUUGAAGGAGAUUGUCCUAUUAUGUAGGGUUUUGUAAGCCAGGAUAAGGAGUUUGGAUUUUGUGCUCCCUGGAAAUUUUUUUGUUUUCCCAGAGUCUCCAACCACAUGGAUAUAAAAGUAAAAUAUAUCUUGGUAAUUGUACAAACAUUAAUAUUUAUGAACCUUAGUAUGUAGCCUUAAGGUUAUGAACAAAUAAAGUAUGUGUGUGUAUGAUAAGAGUUGCAUGGAAAUGGGGCAGGGCUUGGGUGAGAAAAUGAGAAACUUCAUGAAUAUAUAAAAUAAAUGAAGGUAAAGUGGUAAAAUUUCUUUUUCCAGAAAGUAUGCUAUUCCCUCUUUAAGCUACCUUUAUUCUCCUGACACUCUUCCUACCCCUGCUUAGAACCUUAGAUCAGUUUGAUCAGUGCCAUUAGUAGAUGAUUCUACAUUAUUUCAUGGAAUAUUUAAAGCUCAUAGCUUUUGAAAGCAAAUAUCUCUUCUUGUGUUGUAGAUAAUUUUCCUCCUCUAAAUCUAAAGGGGAUGGUGCUCCAAGCACAAGGGUCCCCCCAACCGUCACCCCUGCCCAGUUUUUAACAUCGGUAGUCUUUAUUGCUUUUUAAUGUAAUAGCUAAAGCUUUUCUUUGCAAAUCUUUGGACUUUGGUGAGUAUUUGGGAAAAAUGGAAUUACUCAUAACAACAUUAAUAUGGUAGAAUUUUAGAGGUUGUUCUAAUAUUAUCAGAUUAUUUUACCAUCUACUUUCAUGAAAAGCUUCUUCACUUUUAAAAAUAUGUAGAUAGCAGGGUUUGAAACAUGGCGGACGACGUGGACCAGCAACAAACUGCCAGCACUGUAGAGGAGCCCCUGGAUCUUACCAGGCUCAGCCUGGAUGAGCAAAUUUAUGUGAAAAUGAGAAAUGACCGAGAGCUUCGGGGCAGAUUACAUGCUUAUGAUCUGCGUUUAAAUAUGAUACUGGGAGAUGGGGAAAAAACUGUGACUACUAUAGAAAUUGAUGAAGAAACACAUGAAAAGAUACAUGAUUUAACAAAAUGGAAUAUUCCAAUGCUUUUUGUCUGAGGAGAUGGCAUUGUCCUGGUUGCCCCUCCAUUGAGAGUCUUAUACAAAGAAUUUAUCAUCAAGGAGACUUUGUCCGAUUGCCGCUUUCAAUGCGCAAGACAUUCAAAAGAGAAACCUGCAUACAUUUAUAUAUUAAGAAAUGACCAAGGAUUCUUCCACUCCUGAAAUGAGUUGAUUUGUAUACAACCCCUUAAGCUAAAUGCCAUUUUUAUUUUCUCCAACAUUUCCAAUAAAUGUGAUCACCAAGAUCAGAAUAAAAGUUCGUUUGCUCUAUUAUUUUUACAGUUUUUGAAUUUUUCUUUAGAUUAAAUUUGAUAUUUAAAAUAAAUAGUAGAUAG